AUGAACGGAUCAUCCCUAAUCAACACCGAUUCGGAGGGCCUGAAGGAGCUCGACACGCAGGCGUUUGUUAAGGCCUAUGGCAAGCAUGCCGCACUUGAGGUCAAGGAAGGGCUGCAGGCCGCCACGCGUGCAAAGCUGGCAGCCGUAUCAGAGGGUAUUCGGCACCAGGCGGAGGAGGCCCUGCAGCUGCUGCAGACGGCCCUGGCAGAGGCAGAGGCGCAGGGCGAGGAUGCGGACCCAACGCAGUCAAUGUCACUGGCGUUUGACGCGCUGCGCCUGGCGGCCCUGCUGGCCUACGAAGUCCUGGCCGUGACCCGCGAGUCUGCGCCUGCGGCGCUGGCCGAGGCGGCUCAGCUGCUGCAUACGCACGCGCUACUGGCGAUGGAGCUGUGCCCAGCCGUGCAGGACGCCGUCGCGCGGCUCUGCUGUGCGUGGUGGGCUGUGGGGGGCCCGGACAAGGAGGAGCUGCUCUCCCAGACGCUCCCCUUCCUUCUGGUGGACCGGCGGAUCCGCGCCCUGACGGACACCAAGGGGCGCGCGUGCAGCGUGAAGCCCUGCCUUGACAUGCGGCACGCCCUGGGCCUGCUGGAUUUUGAGGACGAGUCGAUCGACGACAUGAAGCGCCUGCUGCUGCAGGCCGCCAAGAGCUCCCUGUUCCUGCGGCGCCCGGAGGGGCGGCGCUUCCUGGCGCACGUCCUGACGCUGCACCCGAGCCUGGUGGCGGAGGUGGCCUCCGUCAUGCGCAACAUGGUCGUGACCGGCAAGCAGUGGCUCCUGGAGGCUGUGGGCGAGAUCAUCCUGCGCGGCUGGAGGGAGGCCACGGGGCCUUGCAGCGCCGCAAUCGAGGCCACCCUCAUUCAGGGCUUUGCCAAGGCGUGCCUCCACGCGUCGUCCAAGGGGCUGGCCUCCAGCAUCCUGGUGGUGCUGCACCAGCUGCACGAGGCCAAGAGGCUGGGGCCGGCGGGGGGCGGCAGCGGGGCGCUGGACAGCGCGCUGGUGCGCCUGUACGAGCCAGUGCUGUUCAGGGCGCUGUCCGCGGCCAACGCCGCCGUCCGCCGCAACGCGCUGCUGCUGCUGCUGGACGUCUUCCCCCUGGUGGUGCGCGCCGGCCAGCUGGCAGCUGGCAGGAGAUAG